AGAACUCUCCGUUUUCCCUCCCUCUAUAAACCUCCCCACCUCGCUCCGAUCAACCCAAGUUUCAAAAGAGAUUCCCAAGAACAUUUUGGAGAAAUUCAAAGAAUUCGAAAGCGAUAAUAAUGGCGUCGUCAUCAGCCGCGACUCACGUGCAACUCCCCUUUUCCCACCGCAAAAUCACUCACAAGACUUCAGUUUUCGGGCAGAGGAUCCGUUUCGCGUCGCCGACGAAGAGAUGUUACAAUAAUAAUCACAGGGCGGUGAGGGUGGUGAACGAGAAGGUGGUGGGCGUGGACUUGGGGACGACCAACUCGGCUGUGGCGGCGAUGGAGGGAGGGAAGCCGACGAUCGUGACGAACGCGGAAGGGCAGCGGACGACGCCGUCGGUGGUGGCGUAUACUAAGAGCGGCGACCGCCUCGUCGGGCAGAUUGCGAAGCGGCAGGCUGUGGUGAACCCGGAGAACACGUUCUUCUCGGUGAAGAGGUUCGUUGGUCGGAAGAUGUCGGAGGUUGAUGAAGAGUCGAAGCAGGUGUCGUACAGAGUGGUGAAAGAUGAUAAUGGGAAUGUGAAGCUUGAAUGCCCCGCCAUUGGAAAGCAAUUCGCCCCUGAAGAAAUCUCUGCUCAGGUUUUGAGAAAACUUGUUGAUGAUGCCUCAAAGUUUUUGAAUGAUAAGGUGACUAAAGCAGUGAUUACAGUGCCAGCAUACUUCAAUGACUCCCAGAGAACUGCAACAAAAGAUGCUGGUCGCAUCGCUGGACUAGAGGUGCUACGCAUCAUAAACGAACCUACUGCUGCUUCAUUGGCUUAUGGAUUCGAAAAAAAAAAUAACGAAACAAUUCUAGUUUUUGACCUGGGAGGUGGUACCUUCGAUGUGUCAGUUCUUGAGGUCGGUGAUGGAGUAUUCGAGGUGCUUUCUACCUCAGGUGAUACGCAUUUGGGUGGUGACGAUUUUGACAAGAGGAUUGUAGAUUGGCUUGCUGAUGACUUCAGGAAACAAGAAGGAAUAGAUCUUCUAAGAGACAAACAAGCUCUGCAACGCCUCACUGAAACUGCCGAGAAGGCUAAGAUAGAACUAUCUUCUCUCACACAAACCAAUAUUAGUUUACCAUUUAUAACUGCCACUACGGAUGGUCCAAAACAUAUUGAAACCACACUUACACGGGCAAAGUUUGAAGAAUUAUGUUCAGAUUUAUUAGACAGGCUGAAAACGCCUGUUGAAACUGCCCUAAGAGAUGCAAAGCUAUCGUUUAAUGACCUUGAUGAAGUGAUUCUUGUUGGUGGAUCUACACGAAUCCCUGCCGUACAAGACCUUGUCCGGAAAUUGACCAGUAAAGAACCUAAUGUUACAGUGAAUCCCGAUGAAGUUGUUGCUCUUGGAGCUGCUGUACAGGCGGGUGUUUUGGCUGGAGAUGUAAGUGAUAUUGUGCUGUUGGAUGUGACUCCUUUAUCGCUUGGCCUGGAGACUUUGGGUGGCGUUAUGACGAAAAUCAUCCCGAGGAAUACCACUCUGCCUACAUCCAAGUCUGAGGUUUUCUCAACUGCAGCAGAUGGGCAAACCAGUGUCGAAAUUAAUGUGCUGCAAGGCGAAAGAGAGUUUGUCAAAGACAACAAAUCCCUGGGAAGCUUCCGCCUCGAUGGGAUUCCACCAGCUCCCCGUGGCGUUCCACAGAUUGAAGUGAAAUUCGACAUCGAUGCUAAUGGCAUCCUCUCCGUCACUGCUGUGGAUAAAGGAACUGGAAAGAAACAGGACAUUACAAUAACCGGUGCAAGCACCUUACCCAAAGACGAGGUGGAAAGAAUGGUUGAAGAAGCAGAGAAGUUUGCUAAAGAGGACAAGGAGAAAAGGGAGGCCAUUGACACCAAGAACCAGGCAGAAUCUGUUGUCUACCAGACCGAAAAACAGUUGAAGGAGUUGGGAGACAAGGUCCCUUCUGAUGUUAAAAGCAAGGUGGAGGCUAAGCUGAAAGAGCUGCAGGAUGCCAUUUCUGGCGGUUCAACCCAAACGAUAAAAGACGCCAUGGCAGCACUGAACCAAGAAGUGAUGCAACUAGGCCAGUCUCUCUACAGCCAACCGGGCGCCGGAACACCUACACCAGAUGAUGUUAAGCCAGGGGGGGAGUCGAGUUCAUCGGGUAAAACCGAUGGAGAUGGAGAUGGAGAAGUCAUUGAUGCAGAUUUUAGUGAAAGCAAGUGAUGGAUGAGAUCAACAAGGGUCUUCUGUAUAAUAUGUAUGUAUAGGUUACCUAGUUUGGAGUUUGGGGAUGAAACUUUUUUUCCAGAUGAGACAUGGAGGGGGAUUGUACAUGAAUAGGUUAAUGAUUUUCCAAUGAAAUACAGUUUAAUGUAAGCAUUUGUUUAGUUAAUGCAAGGAAAUUUCUAUUAUGGAAA